AUGGACGUACUCAAGACCUUCAACAACAAUUCUAAAGCAACGAUGGGCAGUCUGACCUUCUCUUACACCCACCUCGCGGCCAUCAGCAUCCUCGUGCCAACGAUACGACACCUCUACCUCGACUACCGAAGCUUCAUCGCGUUGGGACCUGGAGGCACGCCAAAGACGAUCAUGGGCUACUGCAAAGUCAAGGCACUGGGCAUGUUUGCUCUUCGUGACCCAUACGCACCACCGAAGGUUCCAUGGUCGAUGACCCAGAAGGAAGGCUGUUUGUCAACCCUACCACAGCGAGAAGGCCCUCGUCCAUCAACUCUUGGAAUAGCGCCCCAUCGUCAAACCAACCAGAAGCCGCCGCAAGAACUGUACGAGAAGCUAGCCGAUGCGAUACACAGGUUUGCGCAGGACAACACAAAGCUCCACGAAGGAACGUCGUGUUUCGAGAAGCACGGCACUGGCUUGUUCAGCGAGGCCCCACAACGACGGACCUGCGGAGGAGAAAUCUGCCAUGCUCAUCCUUCAGAUGGCUCUCUGCAUUUGACACUACAUCCUGCAGACGCGAAGAUUAUGCUCGAGGGCGGUUGGGGUGAGAGACAUCCUCUAGCAAGAGGUGGAUGGCUAGAAAGAUUCGUUCCUGGAGGAUUCGUCAUGAUCUAUGCGCCCCGCAACGACGACGAGCUCAAAGUGGUGCUGGAGAUCGUGCGCGCCGCAGCAUGGUAUGUCGGCGGAGAAGAGAUCAAGAGUGAGCACGACAAGCGUAGAGACAGCGGCCAGCCAGAAGACCUCGUAUGGUAA